GAGCUGUCUGAAGUUGAAAACACUGCCCCAUGUUAUUGGUCCCCCUCUGCAACGUGCUUGCUGCACUUCUCAUGCAAAAAAUACAUUAUUUUUGUAGACAUUUUUGACUUAAAUUAUUAAAUACGAUAUUUUCUCGAUUCUUCUAUUUUUCCUCAAGGACUGUUUACACCACCAGCAACAUUACUGUUACAUCUUUAGUCACAAGCGAGCCUUCAAUUUAAGGCUUAGGAGGACGGUAAACAAGCGUACAAUGGCGACUGAGAUUGAAGCAUGGACCACUGCCCCCCAAAACGAUGGUGUAUUCUCAGUUGAGCAACCGCGUGAUGAUGAGGAUGGAUCUUUUGGCAGUGAGGAUCUAAAUGAAUUGGAGGUGAAUGGGAACUGGACUCCUCAGGAAAAGGCCCUCCAUGAGGCCAAACUUAAAGCUAAAGCAAAGCGUCGUCUGCGUAAAUCAUCCUCCCGGGAUUCAACCAGGGAAUCACUCUCUGACUCCGUUUCAGGAGAGCUUUCUGCUGAUCCACAUAGCCCCAAAGGCAAAAACGCUGUAAAUGAUAGGAAAUCGCGGACCGGAAAAGGCAGAGGACUGCCCAAAAAAGGUGGAGCAGGUGGUAAAGGUGUUUGGGGUGCAGCUGGUAUGGUAUAUGAGUUGGAGGAACCUGACGCUAAGGACCCCAACUAUGAUGAAUCUGCACAGGGAGAUACAAUAUAUGCAACAGUAGUACCAGAGCUGGAGGAGAGAGAACUUGAGAAGACCAUCAACCCCAUUGUGCAGGAGUAUUUUGAGCAUGGAGACACCAAAGAGGUUGAGAUGCUGCUAAAAGAGCUGAACUUGGGCCACAACAGAUAUGAGUUCACCUCUCUGGCUGUGUCUCUGUCUCUGGAAGGCAAGGCCAGCCACAGAGAGCUCACAUCACGUCUUCUCUCAGACCUCUCUGGUAAGGUGCUUUCUGAGAGAGACAUGUCACAUGCAUUUGAUAAAAUGCUUAAGGAGCUGCCAGAUCUCAUCCUCGAUACACCCGAGGCCCCACUGAUGCUUGGCCAAUUUAUUGCACGAGCCAUUGCAGACCAUGCAUUACCCAUGAGUUUUCUCGACUGUUACAAAGGCAAAGUGGAUUGCGACCAUGCCAGAGCUGCACUGGACAGAGCAUCAGUUCUGCUCUCCAUGAAGAGGGGAAUCAUGCGGCUUGAUAAUGUAUGGGGAGUUGGUGGUGGCCAGAGGCCUGUCAAACAUCUCAUCAAAGAGAUGAAUCUUUUGCUAAAAGAGUAUCUGGUGUCAGGUGAGCUCUCUGAGGCUGAACACUGUCUGCGAGAUCUGGAGGUGCCACACUUUCAUCAUGAACUGGUCUAUGAGGCUGUGGUUAUGGUACUAGAGUCUACAGGUGAUGCAGCUUUACAGAUGAUGGUCAAACUCCUCAAGUCAUUCUGGCAAAGUGGACUAAUUACUUUGGACCAGAUGAACAGGGGUUUCCAACGUGUUUACGAUGAGCUGCCAGAGAUCAACCUGGAUGUGCCUCAUGCACAAUCUAUUAUGGAAGCCUUUGUGGACCUUUGUUACCAGGAAUCAGUCAUCACUAAGCAGCUGAGAGAUUCCUGUCCAACCAGGGGGCGCAAGCGCUUUGUUAGUGAGGGUGAUGGAGGAAUUGUGAAAAGUUAGAAGAUUCCGAAGAGCUCCAGCAGGAUCUUGAUGCUGAACAAGUUGGGAUCUCCUGCACCUCCCUGGAAAUCUUUCCUCAAUGUCUUCAUUGCUCAUCCUCCAAGUUCACACAGAAAUAUUCAGCCUCAGAAAUGAGAUUGUCUUGAUGAAGAGUGACAACUGAGAAAUCUUCUCUCCUCUAUUAUGGGCUUGCCUUAGUUGUUUUUUGAGUUUAUGUGCAUUUAUACAGUAUGCAACAUAAAUGGAAAAGAAGUGAGGAAAUCAGCAGCUUCAGAGGGCCGUGAAAUACAGUUUGGGUUGAGGGAUUAAUUUUGCUUUAUCUUUUUCAGCUUAAGUUGUUUUUUGUUGUGUUCUCUUGUUAGUGAUGGCAGUGGUCGCUCAUUCUUUUUUUGGCAGUGGACCUAAUAAGGUAUUAAAUGAGUCAGGCUAUUCAAAUCAAGUACUUAAUCAAACUGUUGGGCCAAAAUGUAAUGUUUUAUGAAGCGAUUGGGGUCACUUCUAUUGGUUUGCAUUUUAUUUGCAUGUUUAUCUUCAAAUGUUUCUUAUAAUUGCUUAAAGUAACCAUACCCCCCACAUUCACAGAUUCAGAAGCUUCCAGCAGAAUACUGCAUACUUUUUUUUUUUUUUUCAAAAGGAUUAUCAAGGCUCGUUGGUGAUUUAGGCCAAAUGCAAGUCAAACAGUUCUGAUUAUUGUUUCUGGCAGAUUUUUACAUCAUUAAGUGUCUUUGUAGGUGUUAGUUAAAGGACAGAGGAGAGAGAGCAUCAUCACCUCUCGCUCAGGCUGAUGUCUGUGACUGUUCCCAUGUUCAUUACUGUCUAAAGUUUUCUACCCUCUCUGUUUGAUGGUGAAGUUUAGAACAAUCGUUUAUUUCAGUCCUGGUGUUUAUUUGGAGAAAAGCAGUUUAAUUAUGUCAGUACAGCUGAGCCAACAUUUUCUGAAAAUAUCUUUGCAUAUCACUUUUUAAGUGGUAUAUUUUUCAGAAAAUUACCAACUCUCACAAUCAAUACUUGUGGUUUCAAUAAUGGCAUAAUGGGAGGAAAUUACUAAAUUUAACCAAAAGUACUUUUGUACAAGCAAUCUUUUUUGUAUCAUUUUGUUCAUGGGUCACUUUUUCAAAUACAUUAUUUUUGUCAAACAGCAGUUCCAGAGUUCCAGCAUUGAAUACAUUUUGACACUAAUAAUUUCAAUAAAAAUUCAUAAUGCUCGCA